UAUGGUUUUCGAAAUACUCGUUAUCAGCGAAAGCAAAAUUUGGACGAAAUCUUGUUGAAUUGCAGGCAACCAAACGAGCCGCGUGCACGCGAAUCCACAAGCGAUUGUGCGGCAUUUAACUAUGUUUAUUACAAUACUGCUUCUGCGGUGCCCGUUAUGUCGAUGUUAGAACCUGGAAGCAAUACAUAUGUAUGUCAGAAAGUGCCCAGUAUCUAUCUCGGAAAAGAAGGUGGCAAGAUAUCAUUUUUGGUUGACACAAGAGCAGUUCCACUGAAAGAUCUCACGGCCGAUAAUCUAGGUAGUUGGACGUGUCGUUUCACGGCACACAUGAAAUCGCGCAAAUAUUUGGUGAAAAAGGGCAAAGUAAUGGGUCACGCAAGGCACUACGGGCAAGUCUAUCCUGCACUCCAGGACUACGACUACAUUCUGCAUCGUCAGUACUAUUGCCACGGUAACACGAUUGGGCCAGCUACAAUUCGUAAAAACAUUUGGUACUUGUCGGAUAAGUUGUGCGGUGGUGAAGUGAUUGGGUGCGCUAUUAUAUCGUACGAAAUUGGUGACAAUGUAACGGUGAAAAUUUCAAAAUUGCGACAACAACGCGCUUCGCAACUGGGCAACAGUCCAAAUUUGGUGACGCCGACCACCGAAGCCAUGCAUCUGCUGAAAGGUGAAAUGACGGCAAGCGGUAGCUCGGAAGACAUGGAUGUGAGCAGUGUGAUAUCAAUGAAUCCGAACGCUGAACUGCAGCGGUUUGUGAAUAACAUGCAAGUGCCACAAUAA